AUUUUUAUCGAAGGAGAUGGUGGAAAUGAAAUAUUGUGUUGAUCCCAAACCUUGUUGCUAAACAUCAUUUAGAUUAUUUGGUUCAUAUAUCAAAGACGAUUAUGAAUGACGAAGAUCAGUACAAUAGGCCUGAUGAAGAGGAACAAAAAGGACCUAUCAUUAAGACGCUGAAGUCACGACACAAAGGUCCAGUGGAAGAUGGAGUGACCACUAUAGAUUUGGGGCCCUUAUGUAGAAAGCUGGGUCUGGCAUGGCUUAUGACCAGCCCACAUUUGUGGUGUGUUAAGGACAUUUGUGGAUGGGUGUGUGCCAUUUUCACCUGGCUGCUCGUCCUUUAUGCACUUUAUGUUGUCAACUUUGUCAUGCUGCUCCACAAUCCUAAUACAACCUGGAGUUUGGUUAAUGGCAUCAUAUUCCAAUUUUUUUCCUUUUUGGCUGUUGCUUCUCAUCUGAGAUGUAUGUUAACAGAUCCUGGUGCCGUGCCAAAAGGAAAUGCAACUCAAGAAAAUAUAAAGAGGAUGGGUUUAGCUGAUGGGCAGGUUGUAUUUAAGUGUCCCAAAUGUGUCUCCAUAAAACCAGACAGAGCUCAUCAUUGCAGUGUAUGCCAAAGAUGUGUGAAGAAGAUGGAUCAUCACUGUCCCUGGGUCAAUAACUGUGUCGGGGAAAGCAACCAAAAAUUCUUUGUUUUAUUCACAAUGUAUAUAUGUAUUAUAUCAUGUCAUGCCCUGUAUAUGUCCAUUCACCAUUUUAUAACCUGUGUUGGAAGAGAGUGGAAAACAUGCUCAGGAGUUUCACCACCAGCUACAACAGUUUUUCUUAUAUUCCUCAUUUUUGAAGCUCUGCUGUUUGGAAUCUUCACAGCCAUAAUGUGUGGUACACAGGUGUCAGCCAUUUGUUCGGAUGAAACGGGAAUUGAAAGUAUAAAAAACGAGGCAUCUCAUCAGAAAAAAGGCUAUUGGCUAAGCCUGAAGGCCACUUUUGGACACCCCUUUACAUGGAAAUGGUUUUCUCCCUUUAGCACACCCAAGUUUGCAUAUUCCACACCUCACCUGCACUGUGUUUAACUCAAGGAGGGGGCAUAUCAAAUUGAUCAAGAUAAUCUACAAAAAUAUGUUUUCUAUGUCCUAUUUUAUUUUUUAUAUUUUUGUAUUUUUUAUUGUUAUGGUUAUAUUUAUGUUGCCAUAUUAGAUGUAUACCUAUAUACCACAUUGACUCUAAAUGAAAUAUUCCAGAAUAAUCUUGUUUUUAUGUAAAUUAUCACCCAGAACUUUACUUUUUCAUUUUGAAUGCUGAUGCAGUAUUUGUAUGCUACAUAUUAUUUUUAAAUUCUGUAAGGUUUUUAUGCAGGUUGAGACAGAGGGACAUGAAAUCGUAGAUACAGUUUUACAGUAGCAAAAAAAAAAUUGUGCCUGAUUACUGUGAAAUCAUUAUUAUUCAUGGUGGGUCAGUUUCACAGGAUUUAAUGGUCAUCCUUAUACCUUGUACUCACAAAAUUACACCCCCAUGAAUAAACAUAAAAUAAAAAUCUUUUGAAUAUACAAGUUAACCAAGGAAUUACAUUCCCACAAAGAAGUAAAAUUAUGUUCCUGACUGACCCCCAUGUACAUGUAUUAAAUUAUUUCACAGUAGUUAAAAAAAUCUCAUUUUAACCAUAUUGAUGCAGUAUUAAAUAUGAUAUGCACAUUUAGUUACUUUUUCUUUACAACAAACGUUUUAUAAUCACCAUGAUAUAAUCAACAAAGGUGGCUACAAUUUUUUCUGUCAGUUAAGGAUAUCUGCUCCUCAGCCAGGAACAGGAACUCUUAAUACUCAAUUUGAACAAGUCUCAAAAUAUUGUUGGAAUUGAUUUUUUUUUGUACAACAAUUUUUUGUUACUUAUGUCUUAAACUGAUUCUAAUGUUAUUUGAAGUCUGAAAACCUGUCUUAUAAAACAUAGAUAAUUGAACCCCAUAAAAGUACACCCCUCCCUUACGAAGUUCCUUUAAUUUUACCUUAGGAAACAAAAGUUUAUUGCCAUGAAAUUAGAAGUGCUCUGUGAUAUGUCACUGAAUGUCAAAAUUUAAUACUAUUUGUAUGUGAAUAUUACAAUUGAAGUUAAAAGAACAAAUACUGGACAAGUGUAUGAAGUAUUGAGAUUUUCUUUUACAGUAAAACAUGGUAAUUAAAUAGCAAAGUUUAUACAUUUUUAAUAAUUGACACUUAAAGUGAAGUGUUUUCUUUCACUGUAGCUUUAUUACUUGUUAUGAACUUAAAGAAUUUAAAAGCUAUAUUACUAGAGUUAUCCUUGGCAUUUCAUUAUAUCAAAGCGUGUUUUAGUGAAGUUUUAUAAAUGCUAAAACACAGUGGUUUAUAAGAUUUCAAUUAGAAAAAUUCAUAACUGGUGCUUUUAUUACUUUUCUUGAAAAAAAAAAUGAGAUUUUGUUAUUUUCCCUGUAAAUAAUUAAAUCAAUUUUACUUAAAAUAUGAAUUCAAAUAGUAUGUAGAAUGUAUUUGAUCUUUGAAUAUUUUGCAUUGAAAAUUGAAAGAAAAAUGGGGGCAAAAUGUUUAAACUGCUAAAGUAUAUUUUAAAAGCACUGGUCUUGCUCAUUAAGUUUAUUAAUUCAAGUAGUGCUUUUCUUCAAGUACUGGUUACUGAUCUUGAUACGCACACACAUUUAGCUCUGUAUGAUAUGUAUUACUAUAUUCCAUAUUUACAUGUACUUAAUCAAUUUUACUUAACAAUGGAAGGACAAAAGAAGUGAUAUAUGAGGAACAUAGCAGAUCUAUGCAGAUCAACACUAUCCAAUGUUAAAUCAAGUUACACUUUUUCGAAAUCUGAUGUUGUGAUGAGUUGUAUAAUGAACACAUUUCCUUUGUAAUAUACCAAAAGCACAUUGUAGGUUUAAAAUGUCGUAGUUAAGUGUAAUGUGAUCUGGGUUGGAUUUUUUACUAAUACUUGGUUUUCUUUAUUAACAUAAGUUGAUAUUAAUUCUAUGUUUUGUUUGCUUAACUGGAUUAAUGGUGUUUUGAGGAGAAUAAAGAAAAAAAUAUAAACUGAUCUGAGCUAGAGACUAUCAAAUAUAAAUACAGAUAUAAUAAUGUAUAAAAUCAUUUGUUUAUUGUGUUGCACACAUCUUACGUAAGAAGUAAUGUGUGUCUCGAAUGGUUCCUUUUAUAUAGAAAAAAACUGCUGUCUCUGUUGAUACGUUGAAGUUGAUGUGAUGAUGUAUUGUUAAUUUAUUGAAUAUAAAUAAGGACUAUUUAA